AUGGAAAACGACGAAAUAAUUGAAGAAUCGAAUGCUGCACCUCCUUGGACGGUCUUAGAUUCUAAAUCGAAAAAACCAAAUAAGUUUGAGUCAAUCAAGAUCAUAAGAGAACAGAAGAACCCUGAGUCGAUUACAAGCGAACAAAUAACUAAAAACAAUUACGCAUAUGACAUUCUUUAUGAAAAUCAAAGAGGUUUAUUUGUAUUUGGAUUACCAAAAUUUAGUUCCAAAGCUUUAAAUCAAAUUGACCCACACACAUGGACCGAUAAAAAUCAAAAAUAUUCACCGAUGGAUAUUCAUAAUUAUCAAUUACCAGAUCCAACUUGGGAGUGGGUUCAUAAAGAAUGGAUGAUCGAUAUGUCUGGCGAUAUUGACGAAGAGGGAUGGGAAUAUGCUCUUAACUUUCAUAAUUCUAGUUGGCAUGGGUGCUAUCAGCCAUUUCGUUCUUUUGUUCGUCGAAGACGAUGGAUAAGAUUACGUUGUAAGAAGGGAGUAAAAGAUAAUUCGACGCCAAGCAUUCCUGCAAGAUCCCACGUAAACUCUGACGCAAAAACAGAUGAUUUCGAAGAGCUUUGGCAAAAUGUUAAAACUUCAAGAUUGGAUAGAGAAAAAUUGAAAUUAAUCGAUGAUUAUAUUAAUGAUCAUAACGAUAUAAACAAUUUUUAUGAUAGGUUGAAUGACCUUGUUAACAUAUUUGAUCAUCAAGAAAACAGUAAAAAAUUCUUGGAAGAAAAUAAAUCAUGUCCAGAUCUUAAUCCAUAUAUGUUAAAAUUUUUCUCUGAUGCGAGAGAAUUAUUGAAUCAUAUUGAACAAAAUAUUAAUAAUGAAAAAAUACAAAAAAAGAUGUCAAAGGGUAAAGAAAAACAUAUUGAAUGA